AUGAUAAAGAAGACGGAUGAAGCCAGGCGACUCCUGAGGAAAAAACUGAACAACGAUAUAACGAACAUUCUGUUGCUAUUCGAAAAGGUACAAGAAUGGGCGGAUCUAAGCAACAUCUUACAGAAAUUAUAUUUGACGAUAGAAAAGUACGAUGUCUUCGUAGAUGUGUCUUCCAAGUUCCUCCUAUUUAGGAGGUUGUCUCAAUGUUUGAAUCCACUACUACCCUCAGGAGUACACUCAAAAGCCUUAAUCAUUUAUUCAGUAAUUUUUAAAAAAGCAGAAAGAAGUUUCUUCAUAAAUAGCAUCCACAUAUUAUGUUCAGGCAUUUUUGAAUUUAUGUUACACUGCACAAUAAAUCUGAAGACAAUUUAUUUUAAAAAUAUAAAGAGCAUUUUAAACCUACGUGAAAAUGUAUAUAUCUUUGCGUACGCUUUGCUUCUUUCUCUUUUUAACGUGGUGGAUAGCGAUAACAAUAUCUUGCUGUAUAUUUACUCCAUAAACAAUUACAUUGGAGAAAAAAUAUUUUUUAAUAAUAUAUGGCUACUUCUACUGAGGCAUACAGAAAUUAGAACGAACAUAUUACAUUUCCUGGAGACAUCGUUCAGCCCACAAAUUCAUCUUCUGUCCAACGAUAGAAUUAACAUGCUACUUCCUUUUAAGGAUGAUUUGGUUUUGUCUUCGUUAAUUUUUUGCCUAAAGGAUAAGAGCAUCAUUAACCAGAGGAUCACCCUUAGUUUGCUAAUCAACAAUUUUCCGCUAAGUCAGGGGAAUUUCAGGAAUCGCAGGAAGGGGGCUCCUUGGGGUGGAGGUAGGAGCGUUGAUUAUAUUCCGCGGGGAUAUCCAAAUACUCAAGGAAGUGGAGAAUACGAUGUGAGAAAUGUAAAUCAUGGAGAUACUGAAUCAGCUGUCGUGAGAUCUGCAUCAUACAGCGCGCGAACCGUACAAGGGAGAAGCGGCAGAGUAGGGGAGGAGGGAGUAACAGAAGAUGGGGUAUCAGGUACCCUUCGUCUUUCAGACAAGUACGAACGAGGAAAUUCCAAAAAGAGAUAUUACAGUGACAAGGAUCUGGAGGAAGAAGGCGGUGGUGAAUACAGCAGCGGAUUGGCCAAGGCAAGCCAUGGUAGUAACCCUUUGAUGGGAAAAAUGGGUGGAGGAGUGAGUCAAUCUAUGUGGAGUAGUAACCAGGAGAUAGACAUUAAGAAUCGGGGUGGUUCGUAUGAAUAUCAGGAUGAGGAUUCAUUUAGGCAAUCCAGUAAGGAGGAAAAAUGUGAAUACAACGAGAAGAUGUUGGAAAAGCACGAAGUGGAUGGGUUCGAUGGGCCCUUACAGGAGGAGAGUAAUUUCGGUAACGACGUACGCAUGGAUUCAAGGGAGGGGUAUACUUCUUCCUUUCCGAAGAGCGACGUGAAGAAGGUAAGAUAUGAUGUCGUUCCGGAGCGACACAAUUUAGAAGGAGUAGGAACUUCUACAUCUGGUCGUUCCGAAAUGGGGCUAAAAGAAGAAAUGGACUCGUCUAGUAGCCCCUGCGUGUUGUUCAAUGACAUAAGUAAAAAAAUUAUCGCGAGGAAUGUCAUCUUCUUGUUACAAAAAGGAGAUAUAGGAUUGAACAGAAGAAUAUUUAAAUAUCUGUACCUGUUCGAAAACAACGAUGAGAAAAACCUGAAGGAAGGAAUUAUCAACAUAGAGAAUUAUAAGGUAUUCGUAGAAACGGUAAUAGAUAUUUUGCAGAAUAAAUUCCACGACAACUGUCACAGCGUAUCACAAGUCCUAUAUACUCUUUUAAAAAAUAUUGACUACGUAAAUAUAAACCGACAGAUAAUGAAUAAGAUAUUCCUGUUCCUUCUAAACUUCUGUUACAAGAAUCGGAGUGACAAGAGGAUAAAGCAUUUCUUUAGAAACGUUCUCAUGUUAAAUUUAAUAAGCUUUAAUAAUAUAAUGAAUAUUUUCCUUUGCACUUUUUACUUUCUCCUGAAGAAUUAUGAAAAUAUGAUCAAACAGAAUGUUGAUGGAUAUACUAAGAGGUUCACAAACCUAAUGAACAUAAUGACAUUCUUCGUUGAUUUUCUGCGUCGAAUGGAUCGGUACAUCUACACUUACUUUUUGUUUUCUUUUAGUAUUGCCAUUUUGAAAUUAAUGAAACGUUUGAAUUUGGUAUUCUUAUCUUUGUUUAACAAGUACAGUCAUGUGAGGGAGUUGAGCGGAAGAUACUUUGUAGAUAUUCAUGAGGUGAUUUCCCAUCGCCACAGCUCUCUGUACUACUUUUUCUUUUUCGUAAUGCACUACAACAAUUACUACCUCAAUAGAUGUUUCAUCCUUCUGUCAAAGGAGUGCACAUUUUUCCGCUCGGUUCUUCGUCGGGGUGGUGGCGCCAACCAAGUACCCGUGCAGACUCAAAUGACCUCCCCCGUAGAGGAGAAGAGGAAUAAGAUGCAGAAAAUAGGGGAGACACGUUCAAAUGGAAUGGAGGAUGACUACAAAUCACCCGAUAGUAAAAUGAAAUACGAGCACUAUAGCAAUGAUAAGGAACUAAAAAUAAGGAUGACCGACAUAUACAUGGAUUAUAAUAUGAAGAGGAAGGUGAAGAAGAAGUUGUUUGAAAAUGAUAUGAGUUCCUUGUCCGCUUCCAAUACCAGUAGCAUUUAUAAGGUAACUCCUUUGCAGACACCACAAGUGGAUGGAAACUACCACCUUCAUGUGAAUAAUAAUCGUGGCCCAUUUAACGAAGGCAUAAAUAACAGUAGAGGUUAUCUAGGGGGACCAACCUUCUGUCACAAUGGUGGUAAUACUUCCAGCAACUACAGGGUGAAGCUAGAAAAUGAUGAACGCUUUUUCUAUAUACUUUUAAAGUACAGAGAAAAAUUAAGCAGAAAUUUGAAAGAUGCCAUAGUAAAGAAUAGUGAUCUGUACUACUUUACAAAUAAUUACGAAUACGGUAUUUUUCUAUUUUACAAUUAUCACUUGCUGGUGGAAAAGGAAUAUGUUAAUAGAAGUUGCUACUUUUUUCUUCGAUAUAUUUUAAGGAACUGCACCUGUGAUAAUGAGGACAAGUUUUAUUUCUGGUGUGUGUUGUUCCUACAAGUGGUGAGGAUUAAUUUUAACCGGUCUCUACUUAAGAAUUCCAAGACAACAGAGGGUGGAGAUGGGGACACGGACAAUCCUCUAGGCCCCGGGAACAUGUACUAUGGAAAGAAGAAAGGUGUGAAGACACAGCAGGAGGAUCCUCUGACAGGAGGUGUAAGCGAUGUGACUGAGGGUCAGGUGAAAAAUCAAAACCAAUCAGGAGAAUGUAAUGAAGUGAGAAUUAUAGAUCGGAUGAAUCGGAAGAAGAACAACACCCUUCGCAACCACUUUGCUAGAACGGAACAGAACGAGCUGCUAUUCAAUAUAGCAUUCAUGGAAAGUGUACUGGUGUACGCAAACAAAAUAGUAAAGUGCAUCUUCCACUACAUUAAAGUAUUGAAGAGAAAUAAAAAAUUUAUAAAAAUAUUUUUCGACAUUAAUAAUUUAUACUUCUUCUGUGACAAUAUGUAUUGUUUGAAGAUUUUGAGGGAUUCCUUGAAAUGUAAGGACAACUACGAGUUAACAAUAAACGUGAAAGUAAUUCUUCAGUUCAUUUUAAAUAAUAAAACAAGUGAAUACCAGAUCGUUCAUUCGAACUUUUAUAAUUUGACGCAUGAUGUUUUUAAGCUAUACACUAGGAGAAACACACUAAUAAAUUAUUAUAUGAUUAAGUAUAUAAAGAGCAACAAGAAGAACUUAGCGUAUAUUUUAGAUAGUAUAAUUAUUAACAUGUUUGAUUUAAUUAACGAGAUUGAAGAGGGACUUGUUACCUCUGGAGUUGUUCAAGGUUCGGGGGUGCAUGGAGGAGGCGUUCACGGUGCGGGGGUGCAUGGAGGAGGUGUUCACGGUGCGAGUUACGAGGAGGUUGCAGUCAGUGGAGGGUUACCAGUGGUGAGUAGCGCCGCGACCUUGAGCGACCCACGCAUAAGUGCGCAAAAUAAUUAUGAAAAGAAACUGCGAAAGUUGAAGUGCAAAUUUGAUUACCUUAACUUUUUUUUUAUGGGCAUUGAGAACUUCAUGUUAUGGUUAUACAAACACAGAGUAAGUAAAAAGAUAUACAACGCAAGGAAGAAAAUGUCGUUGCAUAAUUAUGAAAAGAAUUUGCAGAUAGUGAUGUGCUAUAUUUGCACGGAAGGUAACAUGAGUGCAUCCUACUUUAGGAACUACCUCGAUGUUUUCUUCUUACUCUUUUUGAAAAUCAUCUAUAUUAACGAGAACGUGGGGGAGAUAGGGACCCACGCAGGGGAAGUGAACAACAACGCUAACAAUAAUGGGAACGACAAAGGCGGCGAGACAAGCAACGAGAACGUAAUCAGUACCGUUGGUGCGAUUAAUGAGGAUGACUCAUUUAACGCAACUAGCACAGCUAACCCUAUUAACGGUAUUAACCCUGUUAACCCAUCCACUGGGGGUUCCACUCAGAAGGAGAAAAAUCUGUUAAAACAGAGCAUGUUGUUGGAGUUCAAGCGAGACGUAAUCAAUCUCAUCACACACAUAUUCUUCUGUGCAUAUAAUUACAACAAAAAUAUGGAUUACAUAAAAAUUCUGAACAGUUACUACAGACAAAUCAUUCAUCAUAUACUGUUUCUCUAUUUUUAUUUUACUCUGAAAAAGUAUUACAUUCUACAAAUACAGCUUAUCAAUUUUAUAAAAAAUAUCCUUCCUUUGUAUGAGACGAAUACGGAUAAAAAUGUAUUCUCGUGUGAUGUACUGGAAAAGGACAUUACUUUUGGAAAAGUGAUGAAGCACACGAAUUACGAGGAGUUCAUUUUGGCAAGUAAAUACCAAUACGAAUUAAUCAAUAGGAAUAAUCUGCUUGUGAAAAACGAUGUAUUCAUAUUUAGCAUCCUUAGGAAAAGCAUGACAAUUUUAUUUAACUUUAAUGAACAAAUUAUUUACAAGGAAGUACUAAAAACUAUCAUCUAUCUUAUUGAAAAUAUUAUCGUGGAGAAGGAUGUGAAGGCAUACUACCUUACAGUCUUCUUCCUAGAUCUUCUAUACAUUAUAAAAGCAGAAACUGAGAAGAAGAAAAAAAAUUUGUUUUUUAUCAUGAAGUUUUGUGAAUUCUUAAGUGAAGUUUUUAAAAUAAUCUACAAAGAUGAAUUGAAAACACAACUGAAAUUGCCAAACAGAUUUGAAUACGAUGGAAAUAUAACAGUGGAUGAUAUUGAAAAUAGCUUAUGUGAAGGUAAAAUUUCAACUGCAGCUUUUUGUACAGUCUUCUCUAUCAAAACGGAUGACAAAUUUAUCAGUGUGCAACAGAAAAAUAUUUCAACUUUGUUCUCCGUUAUUUUUAAUUUGUAUAUCUAUUUGAAGAAGAAGCUAAGAGUGUAUUGUCGGAAUAAUAGGAGUCUCCUAACGCAGGAUGAUCGUAACGCUCCUCCGAAUAGUAGCCACUACAAUAACAAUAGUAGUAGUUUAUACAACAAUAAUAGUAGUGUUUAUAAUAAUAAUGGAAGCAUGUACAAUGAGAAUGGUAGUCCUGUAGCCCCGGGCACCGCUAGUGGGAAUAUGGACCCCCUUGUUGGGACCAUCGACCCCAUGGGUAGUAGCAUAAAUCCUGUCAAUGUGAGUAACAGCGAUGGGGGUGUGUUUUCCAACGUGUUUGCUCAAGGCGGAGAUACACUGGCACGUGAAGGCAACCUUAUGAAAGAAGGAUCUAUGAACAGGAAUAUCGCGGAGAGGGACUCAACCGAUGGGCGUCGUAUGAGUAGCGCAGAACAUGCGGAGGAAGCUAUUCGAAUGAACCAAGGCGCAUUCAUGGAUGAAACAAUACAUAUGGGUAACGCGGCAGACAGAGCAAUGCGCAUGAAUGUAGAGGGGGAAGCGGCAAUGGAGGGAGUGAUGAAUGCAUCCAUGGGUAACGCAUCUGACAUCGAAGGAUUAAGACGAAACGUGGCAUCGAACCUUGAAGGGGCCUCAUCCUACGAGCAGUACGCCGGUGGGAACUACCCCUACGGAAAUGUGUCGGCACAUGUUGGGGAUGGCCACAUGGGACAGGUAAGUGUAGAGAAUCUUCCCGUGGAGCAAUUGGGUGUGGUAGAUCCCCUUAGCAUGGAGAGCCUUGUGAUGGAUAGUCACGGUGUGGGAGGAACCUUGAACGGGGCCCAACAUUUGGGAGGUGGGAACCAUCAGGUGAAUUCAGGUAGCGAUUAUCUGGUGCAGAAUUAUGGAGGGGAUAAUGGAAGCUUUGCCUUCUCAGGGGAGGCAUAUUCUAACGGGAAAUAUAUUUAUCGAGAAAAUUUAAACAAACAAAAUGAAGUGGUGACUCAAGGCAUAUAUGGAAAGGGGGGAGAUGGUUUGAAUAGCUCCAUGGUGAGUGGAACUUAUCCAAGUGCUUACUACGGAAAUGUUGGGUAUGAAAAUGAGAAGAUACAAAUGGAUGGGACGGUGCCAAUACAUGGAGAUACGUUUGGAGUGGGAGGAAGUCAACAGAGAGGAGAUAACCUGGGAGGGGGCAACCCAGGAAUAGGCCUUCUUCGAAGCGAUAUUCAAGGGGAUGAAUCCGCUCGCAAACACAUGCAGGACUUGAAGAGCGAGACGUUCAAGAACAAUCAGCUAGCUAGUAUGAUGGGUGAGGUGGAUAUGGAGACAGGACCUGUAGGAGUGAGCACAGGAGGGGGACGAUCAGGUGUUGUGGUAGGACUGGGUUCUAUGACGAGAGAUUUCAGCUUGAACGUGCAGAGUGAUAACAACACUUUUACGAAGACGGACGAUAGUACGCUAGCCUUGUCCAAUAGACUUGAACACACCUUCUUGUACAGAGGAAAGCUAAGGAGCAACGAUAUUCCGAACGAAGGAUCGAAGAGAAACAAGAAGAUAUUGCUAUUGAAAGUGUGCCUACGAAAUAUAAUUUCGAUAAAUAAAUUGCUUUAUUUCGUGACGAGAAGCGACUUCCUCUUUAUAGAUAGUCUUUACACCAUGUUUAAGGAAUACAUCUCGAAGAGGAAGGAGUGCAAUCAGGAGAAGGAGUCUGAGUCGGAUGACGAGACAGCUUCGUUCACACAUGAACACAGGAAUCGAUUUUUGAAAAGCGUCAUGAGGGUGGCGCGCAUAGGAACUGGUCAUCAGUUAGAGGGCAAUCAUCCCCAUGAUGAGGAUGGUAGUGAUGACGAUGAUAGCUGCGACGGAAACUACAACGACAGUGAAAACGACUACGAAAAGGACGAAUAUAACGAUUACAAUUUUGGGGCUAACGAGCACGAUAGUGACUACGACGACAGCGAUACGGAUAGUGAUCACGAUGAGCAGAAAAUUAUUGAAGAGCAUGUGGACCAUUUCGUUGAUGAUAAGGGAGCCAUUAUGGGACGAACAAACAUCAACAUGAGUAGCGGAAAAAAGAAAAUAAGGAAGGAAAGAAUAAGAGAAUACUUCAGAAGGGAAAAAAAAUUGUUAAAAAAAUUUAAUUUUAUUGGAAAAUUUGCAAAAAGCUCGAUGAAAAAAAGUAUGAUUGUUAUGAACGAGUCAGGUGAAUUUAUUGAAAAAAAAAAAUUAUCAUUUUCGCUAACUCUGUUAACAGAAUUUCAUGAUGAUAUAUUAGUAAAAAUUUUGGAUGACUUAUUAAAUUAUUAUGAAAAAUAUAAGACUAAAAUUAACAUAAAUGAAUUUAUGUAUUUUGUGUUUCAUAUUUAUUUAAAUAUUUGCACACUUACCAAGAGAAUUAUCAACUGCUUUAUCGAUUUUAUGUUUUCACUGAUAAAAAAAAUUACACAGACAUCUCAGAAUAUUAUGAGCAGCUUAUGGUUUUUAUACAUUCUCUUCGUGAUUGAAAAUAAUCAUCAAUACGUAUUUAAUGAUAAGUUACAAAAGAAAAUAAUUCUGGAACAGAUAAGUAUAUUAAUACAGAUUUCUCUUUACAGUUACUACUCCAAGAAUGUGAAGAAUAAUUACAAUGUACAAACUCCUCUCCCCAGUUUUGUCCUUCCGUUUAACAUUCAUUAUGUGAUACAGGAUUAUUUCAUAAGUAAUAAUUUUUUCAAAAAAAAAAAAAAAAAUGCAAAAUGUUACUACGUGAAGAAUUUGAAACUUAUAGAGAGAAAUUUUAACAUAAAUGAUUAUUCAGAAAUAGCUGCUAUCAACGCUUUGUCAUUCCUGCUGCUCUGCUUUUAUCAUGUCGUGGUGCAUAGUGGCACUUCGGGGGAUGGUACAACAAGUGGUAAUAGCGCGAAUCACGGUGUAGUGCACGGUACUGGAAAUACCACUACACAUGCAACUUCACACAGUAACAACCAUGCAAGUGGAAACCAUCAAGGUGGUAAUGCAAGUAACGCCAAUCAGAUGAAGAGCUAUAUCUGUGAAUCGUCGGUCAAUUUGUUUUACGAAAAUUUCAACAAAUACCUAUCCCUCAUUUAUAACAACAGUUUGCAGAAUGUAUUCUUCCGUUACUCCUUUUUGCUAAUCAUGAACUUGCUAAUCGAUUACAAUUACAACUGCAAAUAUUAUAUAAAGAAAAUUACGUUCGACUUGUAUGCCUACAUUACGAACGUUGACAUACGGUGUUUUAAGGCUUUAGCAAGUAUUUUCAAAAAACUGAACGAGUCCAAUAUUGAUGAAUUGUUGCUAGUUCCUACUAGUAGUAUUUUCUCACUUAAAUUUAACAUAAUAAAUUCAAGGAUUAACUACAUUAAUAAAUUAUCGCUCAUUAUUUUAGCAGGAAAUCGAAAUUUUUACCUUGCACAUUUGCCCAAAAUUGCAGAAAAUAUUUCAGAGUAUCUAAAAUUCUGCACCGACUUGAAGCUUUACCGGGAGAUAUUAAUUUUAAUUUGCACCAUCAUCAUUAAGAAUGACGAGAAUGAAAUAUACAUCAUCAUCCCUACGUUCAUCUCGCUCAUAUUCCAGAUUUACCAUGUAGAAAGGAUGAAGUACAGAAUAACCCUGGAAGACAUAAAAAAUGUAGACAAGGAUGAAGACAAUUAUAUUUAUGAUUUCAACUCAUGCAACAAUCCCGAUGUUCUUUCUCUUCUCAAGACACUUCUCAUUAUCAUCAAUAUUUUGGUCAAGCGAAAUGUUAGCUUUAUCAACUUUUACUCUUGGAUUUUCUUCAAGGAUAUUUCCAUAAAAAAGAACUCCUUUUCGGCGCAUAGGGAUAUGGGUAACUACACCAGAGGGGUAUCAGACGAUCUAAACCAGAUUGGAGGUAUUAGUACCUCUAGUGCUUGGGACACCCCUGUGCAAAGUAUCCCCCCUGUUGUGCAUAUGCAGGGCGUAGGGGGAGGAAACACACAUGUAGAUCCCCUCCCCUUUGGAAGGAAAAUGGAGAACGAUUCAGAAACGAAGGAGGAGCCAAUCCAAGGAGUUAGUUUCCAACCGGACGGAAGAACAACUAAAAUGAAUGUGUUGAAUGAUGGGGAAGAGGAUUAUUUCACAGCAUGUGCCAAGCGGAAGGAACUCGAGCCCGAUGGGCACAAGGACGAUAUAAUCACGGUUCUUUUGAAUGCCAAUCAGGAGGAGGACGCGCUUAGUAAAGGAUGCACGAUAUCGCCUUCGCAGAUUAUAAUGAACACUGCAUUGCAGAAUAAGGCAAAAGCCGAGGAAGGGAAAUUUAUUGCGUUCCUAGACAUUAUUGAAAAGCUAUACACCCCUGCAAGUGCUAACACGAAACAGAAAUUGGGUUCCGAAGCAGGGGGGGAGGGAAAUAGUGGCAAUAGUGCUAUUGCAGCUACUGGAGAAGGGAAGCCGACAAGUACAAGCCCCUUACCCCCUGUACAAAGUAAUAGCAGAAAUAAUCAGGCGAAUGAUCAAGGGAUAAGAUUCAUGAAGGAACUGGAAAACGAAAAUGAAGAAGGAGAUUUCCACAGCGGCUACUCCAACAAUGUAAAGAAAAACCUCUACUACUGUGACAACUACCUAAGUGAGUACAUAAUCAACAAGAAGAAUCAACUCUCAGGGUAUUCCUCAUGUGAAAAUAACUUAAGUAGCUCCUCUGUGAAUUCCGUAAGGAGUAAUUUCUCCAACAAUUUUUCGAAAGAUAUGGGUGGAAUUUUAUCGGAUUCUUCCGAUGACCCUGAUGUUAGCAACAGCAGCUCCAACGAUGUCAGUCAUCUUUCUCACUUGAUGCCAAAUGGAGAGAAUGAUGAAGAAAUAUCCUCCGAUGAUAUGUACAGCAUGGCAAAUGACAAAUGGAACCAUGUACAUUGUUUGCCUAAUUACGAUAUUUACCAGUUAGGAAAGAAGAAAAAGAAGAAAAAAAAAAAAGUAUCCGUGCACUCGUGUAAGAAUAUUCCCCUCAUUUUAGUAUACCUUUCCAAAAAAAUUAAAUUAAAUUUUUACAAAUAUUCUAUGAAGAAGCCAAAGGACGAGACCUUUAUUCUGCUCAAGGAGUUGAACUCCGUCGAGAACGAUAUCAAUGAUUUGUUUUUGGAAGUGGACCUGAACCAGGUGUACACAGACUUUCUCAUGAGGUAG